AUUUUUUUAUCUUCAUACCGCGUCAACAAGCCUAGUCUCUCACAUGAACCGGCCUCUCAACUGCAAUUCUGAUAUGUAUGCUCUUUCCCCUCCCCCUCCCUAGAGGAGAGCCGGGGAGUGGAGGGGAAGGACGUCAAAAUAGUUCUUCAGAAAAUACAGCUUGAAGGAAUUUAGGAUUUUUUGACGUUCUGCCUCAUCCAAAUUAUGGCUCGAGUGACUUCGUAGAUCAUGAAAUGCUGUAAAGUUUGCAGACGGUCCGGGUUUCCCGAAAACGAAACGAUAUUUCCGUCAAAAGCAUAAAUAGUUAGGAAUGUGGGUGUCUGCUGUCUGCUUAUUGACGUUUGGCAAGGAAUAAUGAGGCUACUUAUUAUUCAAAACAAACUUAAGGACGGCUUCUCUCCUCUGAUGGACAAUGUCUGUUCUUAAUGCAGAAAAAAAUGAGACUUCUACUUUGCCUUUUGUCCACUUACCUUUGAGUCACGUACAGCAAAAAUAUAAUUGGGAUUGUGGCAUAUCAUGUGUUCUCAUGGUACUGCCAGAAGAGAAACGGAAAGAUCUUUUCAAGAAUUUCAAUGAAGUGUGUGCUGAAGAGGGCUUUCAAAAAAGCACCUGGAGCAUUGAUUUGUGUUAUUUAUUGCAAAGAUAUGACAUUGCACACAAAUAUUGUACUAUCACUUUAGGAGUUCAUCCAGAUUAUGUCAACCAAAAUUUCUAUGACAAGAUAUUAAUGAAGGAUGAAGUUAGAGUCAACAAAAAGUUUGCUGAGGCUGCCUUAAAUGGUUUAUCCAUUCGAAAAGCCUCUCUAUCAGAUGCAGAUCUCCAGCACCAUUUAUCCGAAUGUGGGCCAAUAAUUCUUCUCACUAAUGCCAACUUGCUGCGUUGCCAAGUUUGUAAUAGCUCAAGGUCGUUUUCUGAAGAAUUGCGAGCAUGCUUGCCAUGGAAAUCUGGCAAUUCAAGUGAUAAAAAUGUAGAGUAUCAUGGUCACUACAUCGUGCUUUGUGGGUUUAACACUGCCGAGCAAAGUUAUUUAUAUCGCAAUCCAACUUACAAAGACAAAAUCUGUUCUAUGACUUUCUCUGCUAUGGAUGCAGCAAGGAAAAGCCAUGGGACUGAUGAGGAUGUGAUUCUCAUUUUCCAAAGAAAAUGGGUAUGAAGAACUUUUAACAUUUCAGGACCCUUCAAACUACAGGCUCAAAAGUGGGAUUUGUGAGUUACAAUCUAUCGAGAACAUACUGUAUGGCGACCACCAUCAACUGUAAGAGUCUCCCCAGUUGUGAAGGAAGAUUCAUCUGAAGCAAGGAAUGCUAUGGCCUUAGCCACCUCUUCAACUUGUCCUGGUCGACCCAAUGGAUGAGUACUAGAAGCUCUCUCAAUGAACUGGAACGAGAAAAUUUGUACAGAUAGAAACAUAAAAAGAGAAAUCGGCUUUUUUAUUUGGAGAUUAGCAGUGAAUACCAUCAUACCUCAGCAUACUCCUUAUCUGACAUGCCGGCUCGUUUGUGGAUGUCUGUUACAAUCACCCCUGGAUUGACUGCAUUUAUUCUCACCCCGUAUUGAGCAGAAUCCAAAGCUGUACAUCGUGUCAGAUGGUCCACAGCUGCUUUGCUUGUUGCAUAUGCAGCUACAUUUUGAAACUUAAAAGGACACAAACCCUUUCUUUAAGGAAAAGUACUUACAUGCAAUUACAUUGGCAUGAGACCUCCACACUUACCGAUCUCACACCUGCCACACUUGAAACAUUAACAAUGGAGCCUUUUGUCUUUUUCAAAUGAGGCAAAGCCAGUUUGGUGAGGAUAAACACAGAGCGAACAUUGACAUUCAUUUGUCUGUCAAAGUCUUCUACUGUCAAAGUUUCAAUGCUCCCUCCCACUAAAAUACCAGCAUUGUUAAUC